UCUCUUACACGGCACAUUGCGGGACUCAAAGGGAAGGAAAAUGAGCAAGUCAUUGGGAAACGUCAUCGAUCCUAUGGAUGUGAUAUUUGGCAUAUCUUUAAAGGACCUCCAAAAACAAGUUGAUACGCUUGGUUUUGACCCAGUUGAAAUGGAGACUGCCAAAAAGGGACAACAUAAGGACUUCCCUGAUGGCAUACAGGAGUGUGGCACUGAUGCUCUUAGAUUUGGCCUGUGUUCGUACCAAUUUAAAGAUCCAGAAAUAAGAAUGAACAUUGACCACGUGCAGAACUACCGCCAGUUUUGUAACAAAGUAUGGCAAGCUUUUAAGUUUGUACGGCAACAAAUUGGACCUAAUUUUGACGGGAGGAACAUUGAUAUUUCUUCCAUGUCAUCGUCGCCAAUUGAUGUUUGGAUACUUGGAAGAUUAAGCCAUUUAGUUAAACAGUGUGACAAGCAUUUCAAUAACUUUGAUCUACAUCUUGUCACUCAAGCGCUUUAUAAUUUCUGGAUAAAUGAUUUUUGUGCAAUUUACCUGGAGUAUUCGAAGCAAAUGACAAAUGGGGAAACAUUCUGUAACGUUCAACGUGUUCUGUUCUUUUGCACUGAGACGUUUUUGAGGGCACUUAGUCCAUUUAUGCCUUAUUUGACUGAAGAACUUUAUCAGCGACUGUUGAUCCAAAACGAGACGUCAAUAUGCAUGGUGGAUUACCCAAUAACGGAGAACUAUCCGUGGAAAAAUGAAGCAAUAGAAUCGGACAUGGAACUUGUGAAAAACGUUUCGUCCGGAACUCUUUCACUUAUGAAGCUGUUUGAAUUAUCCCCAAAAUCUUCAGAAGUGUAUAUACAACUGCAAGAUUGUUCCUUGGACACGUAUAUGCCUGUUAUCUCCUCACAACUUAAAACAAAAUAUGUAUCUUUUCUGGCGGAUGAUCAACCAUUGCCAUGCCGAUGUUUGCAGAAAGAAAUAUCACCUGGGAUAACCGUUUUCGUUAGAAUAGAGGACGCCAGUAAAAUUAAAGAGCAACUUCAUAAACUUGAAUUGAAUAGACUUGCAACUCUAAAAAAGAUUGAGAUAUUGGAAAAGAAGCGGCGUAAAAACCAUCCUGAUAUGGAAGACAAGGAGAAAAUCUACAUGUCCAGAUUGGACCCGGGUCGCCUUAGUGAGAAGCAAGUGCUACUCUCUGCGCUAACGGGACAACCAAUUGAACGUUUAUUCUAA